AUGUCCCUUAACAAGUCAUGGCGGCCCCUGCCGCUUCAGUCGUCCCCUGAUCUGCCUGUCCUCCUGGUAUCGUUCCAUAAAGAUACGUCAGCGUACACUAUUCACAUAACCGACAUGGCCAAUAUGUGGACAGAGUCACUCGAUCGCAAGGCAAUUUUCAUGAGAGGGUGGAAUGAAAACACUAGUAUCGAUCCCAGUGAUACUCCAGAUAACAUGGCCAAAUUUUUGGCAAGUAUCAGUACUGCUUUGGACUCUUCUCAGCCAGGUCACUACGACACGAGUCUUAGCUUAGACCAUGAUAGUAGGUCUGAAGCAGGCGAGGACGAUCUCACUCUGAAUAUCACUUGCGAAAUUCCUGGAUUACAGCCACUCAAAUGGCCCAUGUACUUGAAGAAAUUGCCCGCAAUCAACAUAGCCACGAACCUUGUGCUCCCAUUAAUACAAGCACACCAUGCAAAAGACUUGGAGAUUGCAUCUCUAAUUCGGAGCUUGGGGCAUAAAGACGCGGUACUGACCAAACUCUUGGACAAACUGGAAGCCAUGGGAACAGGUAUGGAGCAUAUCUUCAAUGUUCUGUCCGGCAAGAAAAAAGUAUCCAGAGUCGCAGCAGCAGAAAAGGUGCCUGGCCUCACGCCUUUCGAUCGCAGGGGCUGGAAGGCGGAUCUUCAGUAUAAACAAGACAGCCCCAAUAAUCCACGAUCAUUAGUUGAGAGUGUUUUCGAAAACGGGGGGCUCGAAUUCGAGCCGAUGCCGAACAGCACCGAGUCACCUCAAUUGGAUCAAUGGUGGCGGAAUUUCGAAGGUGUUUCGUCUGUUGCACACCAACAGCAGCACAAAGCGGCUGUUACAGACAGCUCCUCGAUCCCAAAGAACACGGAAAUAUGUCUCGUCGAGGACGAUUUCCAGGUUCAAUCUACACCCCCGCAUCUUACGUCCAAACGGAAAUCAACCGACGCAAGGGAGACACUGGCCACUGAUGAUGCCUCUACAGAAGGUGAAUCAGCAGGCAGUGUAUCACCAGCUCGAAAUGCACAAAAGGCGGACAAGCCAGCCCGUCGUCUGGGCGCACUGGGUAAAAAGAAGCAGUCGACCCCACUGUCUUCCCCUGGCCCAAUGCUAUCUCAGAGAAGGUCGGAUUCAAAGAACCAGCAGCAAGACGAUUCGGAGACGGCAUCCGAAGCGGAGGAGGACGAUGAAGCGGUUUCUCCUCCGGCCAAGGACCCGAUCCCGUCGUCUGUUUCCCCUGCCCGGUCCCUGGCAAAGAAGAGUGGUCUCGGACGCAUUGGAGGGGCUAAGUCGAAGCACCCAGUUGAGAAAGGCUCUGCACUUGUUGAACCGGAGGUGAUUGAAAUCAGCGAACCCAGCACAGCUGCAGUUUCACAUCGCCCGCCUCGAAAGUUGGGUGUUAUUGGGAGACAAGCAGCCGCCCAGGAAGAUCCAGCACCAAGUUCCAGUGAACGCGGUCAACGGGGUCGAUCUGAUGCAAAGGCAUCUACUCCCGAGCCGAAAGUAAGAGAAACUUCGCAGGAGCGGGCUGACAGGCGACGCGAGGAACUAAAGAAGGAACUCGAGAAGAAGGCGGCAGCUGGUCCCGCGAAGAAGAAACGCAGGUUUUAG